AUGACAAUGUCUGCCCUGAGUUCUUUCUGAUUCUGCUUCACAAGUGGAACAAGAAAAUAGAGACCUGUUCCAGGUAUAUCUUCAAUUUACAAGUGCAUCCAGUGCAUCGAAUUAUCGAUCCAGAUAAUCGUGGAGAAUAAUUCAGUCUGAUAAAUCAUUGAGAUCUAAUUGUAAUUAAUUCGUCGAUCGACCGAUGCCAGUGUGUGUGACAUGAAUUAAUCGGUCGAUUUUCCUUGGAGCUGGAAUUCACGAUAAUUGGAUGACAAAUGUCUCUUUUUAAUAAACCGAAGAGGAAUAUCAGGAGGAGGUCGUUCAACGACGAGUCCGAGGACAAUGAAAACAGGAUGGAGAUUGAUCAAGAACCCGUUAAGGUUAAGCCGAGGAGAAAGGAUAAGCCUAAGCAGACGCUCCUCAGUUUUGGCGAGGAGCUGGAUGAAGCUGAUGAUGGUGAGGUUUUUAAAGUGAAGAAAUCAUCUCGGAGCAAAAAACUGAUGAAACAACUCGAUCACGAGAGGAGAAAAAAGAAAGGUGAAGAGAAAAUCCAAGUGGACUCUGAGCAAGCAAACAUGUCCAUUAAGCGCGACAAAGAUUUAGAAAUAAAGACAGAUGAUCUAGUAGUUAAAAUUAAAAAUGCGGGACCACUCAUAUUAAAUGGGAGAGCUGCCCUAGUAGCUGGAAAGGAUGAUUAUAGUUCUGAGGACGAGGAGACCAGUAAGACACAUACUUUUAGGAAAAAUACUGCCCAACCAGAUACCAUGAAACUGCUUUUGCAGAGUGGUUGUAUUCCUGAUGCAGCUAUGAUUCAUGCUGCACGAAAAAAACGCCAGAAGGCAAGGGAAUUGGGCACUGAUUACAUACCAAUUGAGGAAACAACGGAGGAUAAGGGAAAAUCGAGGCUAGUUCGAGAAGAAGAUCAUGAUCGUAGUGAUGAUGAUGAUGAGGACAGAAUCGAUAUGACAGUGAAUACUGAAGCCAGGGAUAAGGAGAAGAGAAGGGAAGCCUUCCUCGCCUCCCAAGUUACCAUAAAACUAUCAGACGAUGAGAGUGAGCAUGGACUCGAGGAAGAGGAGUGGGAGGUCCAGCAGAUCAGAAAAGGAGUUACUGGAGCCCAGAUUGCAGCUGCUCAACAAGACUCAAUAAUGCAGCACCAGUACAGCAUGGGAAUGAAUCCAAACCAAAUGAUUGGAGGAAGUGGAGUGCCAAUGGAGAUGGUCCUAAUGCCUGCUCCACCACCACCUCCCUCAAUUCAACCCCCUGAUCCCACCAAAGUUGUCCCUGUGUCACCUCAGGAAGUCUUGGAGAAAAUGAGGGCGAGAGUCGCUAGCUUGCAGCAGGUUCACAGACGUCAUCAACAGGAUCAAAUUCAGCUGCAAGAGGAAUUAGAGCAGACCGUGAAGGAGCUGGAUGAGGGCUCAGUGCGUGCACCCGAAUUGGCACAGCGCUUCAGAUAUUACCAAGAGUUGCGUGGGUAUGUCACUGACUUGGUAGAGUGUCUUGACGAGAAGCUGCCUCUGCUGACGGGACUGGAGCAACGGUGGGUGGAUCUGUAUGGUGACAGAUCCAAUGAGUUAAUUGAACGACGCAGGCAAGACACCAGGGAUCAGGCUGAGGAGAUCACUUCUGCUGCACGAGGUCAACCAGUGCGUCGAGGUCCAGAGGACGAUGCAAGAAUCCGUCGAGCAACAGAACGAGAGGGACGACGUGCGAGACGUCGAAGAGCUCGUGAACUUAACCGCAAUAUUCCCAAACACAUCGACGGCAUGUCGAGCGACGAGGAAGUCACUGAGCAGCAGAAUCUGAUAUUCAAGCAGACAAAAGAGGAGAUCGACGAGGAGAGCCAGACGAUAUUCUCCGAUGUAAUCGAGGACUUCUGCUCAGUCCGGGGGAUCCUGACAAAGUUGGAGUCCUGGAGGGAAACCGACAUAGAGGCCUACACCGAGGCCUACGUCUCCCUAUGCAUUCCCAAGAUGAUCUCACCGAUCAUUCGACUUCACCUCAUCACUUGGAAUCCUCUGAUGGAGAGUGCUGACAUCGAGAGAACAAAGUGGUACAAUUUACUGCUGCUCUACGCCCUGGACAAAGGGGAGACCGAGGAGAGCCUGAAACGUGACCCAGAUGUGCGAUUAAUUCCCCUGGUCAUCGAGAAGGUCAUUUUGCCGAAACUUACGGCCAUUGUCGAAAAAAUAUGGGAUCCCUUGUCCACGUCCCAGACCUUGAGGCUCGUGGGAACUGUCAGUCGACUCGUCAGGGAUUAUCCUAAUCUCAACGACACCAGCAAAAAUCUUGAGAAAUUAUUCAAUAUCAUUUUAGAUAAAAUCAAAGCAGCUGUUGAAAACGAUGUGUUCAUUCCAAUAUUUCCUAAACAAGUGCUGAACACCAAGCACACGUUUUUUCAACGACAAUUCGCAAUGGCUGUUAAAUUGCUGAGGAAUAUUUUGAGCUGGCAGGGACUUCUCGGGGAUACACAGCUGAAGAAUCUUGCCCUGGGCUCACUGCUCAAUAGAUAUCUCCUCGCUGGGCUGAGGGUCUCACCUCCUGUCGAUGCUUUGGGUAAAGCAAAUAUGAUAAUGAGUACUUUACCAAGAGCUUGGCUUCAGGGCGCGACCAUUGAACAUCUUAAGAUGUUCGCUACACUCAUUCAACAAUUAAGUGAUCAACUAGAUCAAGCUAAUCCUGCCCACAAUGAAGCCUGGGACUACUCCAAAGCGAUUCUGUCGAUAAUUAAACCGUAAUAAUUUCACGCCUAGACUUCACUUCAACGUCAUCUAACGAUAUUUCUUAUUGAAAUUGCUUUGUAAGGGUGAAAUAGGCGUUUGCGUUGUAAAAAUCUGAAUUCAUCAAUCACAUUUUGUAUAGUAAAAAAAUAAUGCACGACAAAUAGCGCUAAAAUUCAAUAAAACCCUAAAAUGAUAAAUAAUUGACUGUGGAUAUUUGCAGUGCGAUGAGAAAAUAAAGUUCUAGAGAAAUCA